AUGGCAUCGCCCAUGAGGAGCUUGCUUACCGACCCCGCCAGAUACCUCCAGUCUUUCCGCCUCUUCCUCAUGAAUUCGACUGAGCACCAGUGCAUGCGGGAGUUCGUGGAGAGGCAGCUGCCGGCCGAGAUAGCGAGUAUUGGAAAUGGGAAGUCUACAAUCAAUAUUUUAAGCGUUGGUGGUGGAGCAGGUGAGAUCGACCUGCUGAUCCUCUCAAAAGUACAAGCCAGGUAUCCAGGCGUCACCAUCAACAAUGAUGUGAUAGAGCCAAGUGCUGACCAAAUCUCCAAGUACAAAGAGCGUGUGGCUGAGACAUCAAGCCUCGAGAACGUAAAGUUUACCUGGCAUGAAGAGACAGCUUAUGAAUAUGAAAGUCGAAUGAAUGCAGAAAAGAAGUCUAAAAAAUGGGACUUCAUUCACAUGAUCCAGAUGCUGUAUUAUGUAGAAGACAUCCCAGCGACCGUCCGCUAUUUCCACAGCCUCCUGGAAGCGCAGGCAAAGCUGCUCAUUAUCCUGGUCUCAGGAACCAGCGGCUGGGAAACGCUGUGGAAGAAGUUCGGGUCUUCCUUCCCUUUAAAUGACCUCUGCUCUUACGUUUCCUCUGCUGACAUGAAAACGAUACUGGAUUCAGCCGGGCUGAAGUACCAGCUGCAUGAGCUCCCAUCCUACAUGGACAUAACGAGCUGUUUUAUUGAAGGGAACAAGGAUGGGGAGCUGUUGCUGGAUUUUCUGACAGAAACCUGCCAGUUUUCUAAAACCGCUCCUCCUGAAUUAAAGCGUCAGGUAAUGGAAGAGUUAAGAAAGCCCGAAUGCAGUGAAAAAAGAGAUGGGAAGGUGCUUUUUAAUAACAACCUGAGUGUAAUAAUGAUUGAGCCAUGA